AUGAGAUUCUUUUCCCAGUCUUUUCUAUACGAUGAUUCCUGGUCCAUUGUCACCUUAGCAUUUUUUCUUCGUUAUCCAAACCCUUAUGCUGCCCACGUUAUUUCAUGUGAUGUUAUCUCUCGCCACCAAACCCCGUCAGGUUCUUUAAUAACCACUCGACUAAUCCUCAAGAAAGGAGCCAUGCCUAGAUGGUUUCCGAAAGGCAUCAUAUCGAGAGCAGAGUCAUGGGUCAUUGAGGAAAGUGAAGUGGAUCCCUACGGCAAAAUAGUCAAAUGUGUCACCAAGAACCUGGACCACGUCAAAAUUAUGCAAGUUGAGGAAUCCGUACAAUUUGCCCAGACCUUGGAUGGGAAAACCUUGCAGCACACGGAAGCUAGGGUGGUUUCGAAAUUUGGGUGGGGCCUAACCAAGAAGAUCGAAAAUCAUGGUCUAUCCAAAUUCAAAGCUAAUAUGCAGCGGUCUCGUGAAGGAGUCAGCCUAAUUUUGUCUUUACUCAGGCAGUCACGGCUGCAACCCAUGGCUAUGGGCAUUGAAGAUUCCCAAGGCACAUCACCCGUUAUUGAAAGACCUCAGGAGAUUGUUUCAAACAAAAAGACAGAUAAUUUGACCCUAUGGGCCAAGGUUCGAAAUUACUUUUAUCACCCACCUACAUAA